CAAAUAUUACCAAGAACUGCAAGUUCGUUUUCCCCUCAAAAUGGCAACCUGCAGAAAGCCAAUAUCAGCUCUCGGUCUUUUCCUUCCAAUGUAUAGGCAACAAAUCGAUAAACACACAAUGCAGCUGUGCAUGAAGAAGAAGAAGGAUGAAAACAUACGCUACAGAACCCACAAUCUCAAGAAAAUCAUGUCAUCGACUAUCACUAAUUCAAUUAUUGAGCAAGAUCCUACACCAUCAGAUACAAUAACACAGUUCUACAAAUGCAUAAAUGAAAAGAAUAUAAAGCAACUAGAAAACUACAUUUCAAACGAUUGCUUCUUCGAAGACUAUUCGUUUUCCAAUCCAUUCAAAGGCAAAAAGGAGGUUCUACGUUUUCUUGAGCAGCUAAUCACGGGAAUGGGCCAAAACGUCGAGUUUCAUGUUGCUCAUAUUUAUGAAGAUGACGAUGAUCUAACAGCUGGUGUCAAUUGGCAUCUGGAGUGGAAGAACAGGCAGGUGCCCUUUUCGAGAGGCUGUAGUCUCUACAGAUUAACAAGAGAAGGAGAAAGAUUAAUGAUCAGGAAAGCACAAGUUUUCGUUGAGUCCCCAAUCAAACCAGGAGAUUUGUUCCUGAUUCUGUUGAAGAUUGUGACUUCGUUAUUUGAUGCUUUUCCAGAGGCUACCGAAUGGUUCUUUCGGAGUCAACAUUUCAUAGUGCAAGUAUUGUUGAAGGCUUACUGUAUAUUUAUAGUUCCGUUCAUAAGCCCGAUACUUUCUUUCUAUGUGAAUCUUGGGAAACUGAUUGUGAAGUUCGUGAGCAUAGCGUUAAAGAUAUUAGAAUACUGCUCGAGAUUAUUUACAACAGGCGAAAGGUAGAAUAUCUUUUUGAUUAAGGUGUGAUUGUCAUUAUGUCAUCUAUCUGCCAACGAAUCCAGUUUGAACUUGGUUUGCAUGAAAUGUGGAGUUAGUGCACGAGCGGUGGUGGAUUCCCGAAAGUAAUAAUGUGAGCGGGCUGCUGUUAUUUUUCCGGUUUAUGUUACCGUAAAUUAAUAAAGGGUUUACGUACAAUUUGAAAUCGUAUAAAAACAUCUCUUUAAAGAUAAAACAAUCUUUAAAUUAAAAUAGAAGUCUUAAUCCAUCAAAACUUUGAAAAACAUAACUAGUUGUUGAAACUUACAGGAGAUAUAAUCACAAUUCAUAUAG